CCUCCUCCUCCUCCCGCAGCUCCCCCGGCCGGUCCCGGUCCUCGCGGGGCGUCCGGACCGGGCCCCGCCGCCAUGGCGCCGCUGCUGGGCCGCAAGCCCUUCCCGCUGGUCAAGCCGCUGCCCGGAGAGGAGCCGCUCUACACCAUCCCGCACACGCAGGAGGCCUUCCGCACGCAGGAAGAGUACGAGGCUCGCCUGGAGAGGUACAGCGAACGCAUUUGGACAUGCAAAAGCACGGGGAGCAGCCAGCUGACCCAUAAAGAGGCCUGGGAAGAGGAACAGGAAGUUGCCGAGCUCUUGAAGGAGGAGUUCCCCGCCUGGUAUGAGAAACUUGUACUAGAGAUGGUUCACCAUAACACAAUCUCCUUGGAGAAGCUGGUGGACGCUGCCUGGUUGGAGAUCAUGACCAAGUACGCCGUGGGAGAAGAAUGUGACUUCGAGGUGGGGAAGGAGAAGAUGCUGAAAGUGAAGAUUGUGAAAAUUCACCCACUGGAGAAGGUGGAGGAGGAGGUGGUCCCCGAGAAGAAAUCUGACAGUGCCUGUGACUCCCCAUCCAGCGACAAAGAGAACUCCAGCCAGGCGGCUCCGGACCACCAGAAGAAAGAGCCGGUCCUAAAGGAAGAGGAGAGCAGGAGGGAGAGUAUCAAUGACAGGGCCCGGCGAUCUCCCAGAAAACUUCCUUCUUCCCUGAAAAAGGGGGAGAAAAAAUGGGUCCCUCCGAAAUUUCUGCCUCACAAAUAUGACGUGAAGUUGCAGAAUGAAGACAAGAUCAUCAGCAACGUCCCAGCCGACAGCCUGCUCCGCACGGAGCGGCCCCCCAACAAGGAGAUCCUGCGCUACUUCAUCCGCCACAACUCCCUGCGGGCGGGCAUGGGCGAGAACGCCCCCUGGGUGGUGGAAGACCAGCUGGUGAAGAAGUAUUCCCUGCCCAGCAAAUUCAGCGACUUCCUCCUCGAUCCCUACAAGUACAUGACCCUCAACCCUUCGGCCAAGAGGAAGAGCGCCGGCUCCCCUGACCGGAAGCCUUCCAAGAAGCCCAAGGCGGACGGCUCUUCGGUGGGCUCGCCCCUGAGCCCCUCCCUCUGGUGCCACGUGCACCUGAAGAAGUCUCUGAACGGCUCCCCCCUCAAGCUGAAGAACUCCAAGACCCCCAAGUCCCCCGAGGAGCAGUUGGAGGAGAUGAUGCAGAUGAUGACCCCGAGCAAGCUGGGCGCCAGCUUCCCCGGGGCCAAGAAGGGCCCGCCGGCGGCCAAGAAGCUCGGGAAGGGCGGCGGGGACAAGGCCCUGAAGGCCAAGGGCCGGGCCAGGGGGGUCCUAAACGGGCAGAAGUCCGCGGCGGGCAAGGGCCGGUCCCCCAAAAAGGGGCCCAAGGGCCCGAAGACGAAGCUGAAGCAGAUGACCCUGCUGGACAUGGCCAAAGGGACCCCUAAGGUGGCGCGGGGGCCCCGGGGCGCCGGGGGGACGCCCCGCUCGGCCAGCCGGCCGCCCAAGCAGCUGCCCGCCGCGGCGCUCCACCUGAUCGCCUACUACAAGGAGAACAAGGACCGGGAGGACAAGAAGGGGGCCCUGUCGUGCGUCAUCUCCAAGACGGCCCGCCUGCUGUCCAGCGAGGACCGGGCCCGGCUCCCCGAGGAGCUGCGGGGCCUGGUGCAGAAACGCUACGAGCUGCUGGAGCACCGCAAGCGCUGGGCCUCCAUGUCCCAGGAGCAGCGCAAAGACUACCUGCGCAAGAAGCGCGAGGAGCUGAAGGAGAAGCUGAAGGAGAAGGCCAAGGAGCGACGCGAGAGGGAGCUGCUGGAGAAGCUGGAGAAGCAGCGGCGCUACGAGGACCAGGAGCUGAGCGGCCGGAGCCUGCCGGCCUUCCGCCUGGUGGACACCCCGGAGGGCCUGCCCAACACCCUCUUCGGGGACGUGGCCAUGGUCGUGGAGUUCCUCAGCUGCUACUCGGGGCUGCUGCUGCCCGACGCCCAGUACCCCGUCACGGCCGUGUCCCUCAUGGAGGCCCUGAGCGCCGACAAGGGCGGCUUCCUCUACCUGAACCGGGCCCUGGUGGUCCUGCUGCAGACCCUGCUGCAGGACGAGAUCGCCGAGGACUACGCCGAGCUGGGCAUGAGGCUGUCGGAGAUCCCCCUCACCCUGCACUCGGUCUCGGAGCUGGUGCGCCUCUGCCUGCGCCGCUCCGACGUGCAGGAGGACGAGGAGGAGGAGGAGGAGGAGGGCGGCAGCCGGGGCUCGGAGCCCGGCCCCCAGGGCCAGGGGGCCGCCGGCCCCGAGGACCACGAGGUGCAGGACGAAUCCCUGGAGAAGCUGGAGACGGCGGAGUUCUUCGAGCUGUCGGCGCGGGAGAAGCUGCAGAUCCUGGCCGCCCUCUGCCACCGCAUCCUCAUGACCUACUCGGUGCAGGACCACAUGGAGGCCAAGCAGCAGGCCUCCGCCGGCCUCUGGAAGGAGCGGCUGGCCGUGCUCAAGGAGGAGAACGACCGCAAGCGGGCCGAGAAGCAGCGGCGCCGGGAGCUGGAGGCCAAGAGCAGGGAGGGCGGCAAGGACGACGACGGCCCGGCCCGCCCCGACCGCAAGAGGGAGGCGGCCGGGCAGGAGCCCGCCGGGGAGACCGAGGCCGACGACAUGAUAAGCGCCGUCAAGAGCCGGAGGCUGCUGGCCAUCCGGGCCAAGAAGGAGCGGGAGCUCCGGGAGCGGCAGAUGAGAGUGAAACUCGAGCGCGAGGCCGAAGAGGAGAGGAUCCGGAGGCAUAAGGCCGCCGCCGAGAAGACCUUCCAGGAGGGCAUAGCCAAGGCCAAGCUGGUGAUGCGCAGGACGCCCAUCGGGACGGACCGUAACCACAACAGGUACUGGCUGUUCUCCGACGAAGUGCCCGGACUGUUCAUCGAGAAGGGCUGGGUCCACGACGGCAUAGACUACCGCUUCGCCCUCCCCCGUGGUCAGCGGGCCUCUACCGACUCCGAUGACAACGACUGCCACCCGCGGGGCAGGAAAGCCGCCCUCAGCCUAAACAGUCAGCACGGACCCACGGCCGAAAUCCCCAUCGAGACGACCGUACCCAACCAGGGCCAGAACCUCUGGUUUCUCUGCGACAGCCAGAAGGAGCUGGAUGAGCUGCUGAGCUGUCUCCACCCUCAGGGAGUCCGGGAGAGCCAGCUGAAGGAGAGACUGCAGAAGAGGUACCAGGACAUCACCCAUUCGAUCCACCUGGCUCGGAAGCAGAACCUGGGCCUCAAGUCCUGCGACGGCAACCAGGAGCUCCUGAACUUCCUGCGUAGCGAUCUCAUCGAGGUGGCCACCCGCCUCCAGAAGGGCGGGCUCGGCUACGUGGACGAGACGUCCGAGUUUGAAGCCAGGGUGUUGUCUCUGGAGAGUCUGAAGGACUUCGGGGAGUGUGUGAUCUCCCUCCAGGCCAGCGUCAUCAAAAAAUUCCUGCAAGGUUUCAUGGCUCCCAAACAGAAGAGGAGGAAACACCAAGGGGAGGAUUCAGUGGCAAAGACGGAGGAAGUGGACGAGGAGAAGAAGAUGGCAGAGGAGGCAAAGGUGGCGUCGGCCCUGGAGAAGUGGAAGUCGGCGAUCCGCGAGGCCCAGACCUUCUCCCGGAUGCACGUGCUGCUGGGCAUGCUGGACGCCUGCAUCAAGUGGGACAUGUCCGCCGAGAACGCCCGCUGCAAAGUGUGCCGCAAGAAAGGUGAAGACGACAAGCUGAUCCUGUGCGACGAGUGUAAUAAAGCCUUCCACCUGUUCUGCCUGAGGCCGGCCCUCUAUGAGAUCCCAGAAGGGGAAUGGCAGUGUCCAGCCUGCCAGCCCGCCGCCGCCCGCCGCAGCUCCCGGGGCAGGAAUUACACUGAGGACUCGGGCGCGGAGGAGGACGGGGAAGAGGAAGGGGAUUCGGAGGAGGAGGAGGAGGAAGAGGAGGAAGACGAGCAAGAAGAGGAGGAGGACUACGAGGUGGCAGGGUUGAAAUUGCGACCCCGAAAGGCUGGCCGGGGGAAGCAGGGAGCCCUACCCCACUCUGGGAGACCGGGCCGGCGGCCGGGCAAGAAACUGCACCCCUCCAGGAGGCUGCGCAAGCACGUCCCCCCAGUGGACGGGGCGGAGGUCGAUGAGCUGGUGCUGCAGGCCAGGAGGGGCUCCCGGCGACAGAGCCUGGAGCUGCAGAAGUGCGAGGAGAUCCUCGGCAAGCUGGUCAAGUAUCGCUUCAGCUGGCCCUUCAGGGAGCCCGUGACCCCAGAGGAGGCCGAGGACUACCUAGACGUGAUCAGCCACCCCAUGGACUUCCGGACCAUGCAGGGCAAGUGCUCGUGCGGCGGCUACCGCUCGGUGCAGGAGUUCCUGGCCGACAUGAAGCAGGUGUUCGCCAACGCGGAGCGCUACAACCGCCACGGCAGCCACGUGCUCACCUGCCUGGGCAAGACGGAACAGUGUCUGGUGGCCAUGCUGCACAAGCGCCUGCCCGGACACCCCUACGUGCGCAGGAGGUGCAGGAAGCCCGCCGGCCCCCGGGCCCAGGAGGAGGGGGACAGCGAGCCCGAGCCCCUGGCACAAGCCAGGGGGCGGAAGCGCAAGAAAUGAGGCGGCGGCUGCAGGCGGGGGAGCCGGGGCGGGGGGAGGACCGGAGCGG